UCUUACAGUGAAUUUUGGGCAGUCCAAAGAGAAGCAGCGCCAAAAGUAGUAGCAUUUCCACUAGUCACUACUCACACAAGUGACGCUUCCGAAUUCCCUCCGUACCAACAUUUUCUCUCUCUUCCACUUUCUCUCAAUCUUCUCACUCUCUAACUCAUUCACUUUCUCCAUUGAUAACUUACUUCAUAAUCUUCUUGAAGGGCACAUGUUGAUUGACAUUGUUGAUUAACUUAGUGGUUCUAGGAUUGCUGUAUCUGCUGAGUUUUCAAUUUCAUGAGCUUUCCAUCAUAAUUCUGACCUCAUAAGAUCCUUAUUCAUGGAGGCGCUCAGCUCUUGCAAUUCAUCUAUGGAUAUGGAGCUGCUGCUUGAAGCUUUUGGUUCUUCAUUUUCACUUGAAACUAUAUCAUCCGCUUACUCCCAAGCAAGUCGUAAUGUGGAAUUGGCAGGUGUCAUUCUUUAUGAACUACAGGGAACUACUGCAGUGUCCUAUGAAUCCAAAGAUGGCAUGGAUGCAGCUUCUACAUCAUCAUCUAAUCUUAUUUCUGAUGGUACCUCAAAAUAUCAAUAUAUUGCCGAAGAAAGUGUUACAGGUCUUUCAGUAAACAACGCUAUUUCUGGCAUUUCUGGAGGACAACAUUUGAAGUCAACAAAUGCGUCUUCAAAAAUUCAUUCAUUUGAUAUGCACUCGAACAAAUCAUUAGCUGCCUCACAUUCUAAUACUUGGAAAGAUGAUAACAUGCAUGGCAUGGAUGCAGCUUCUACAUCAUCAUCUAAUCUUAUUUCUGAUGGUACCUCAAAAUAUCAAUAUAUUGCCGAAGAAAGUGUUACAGGUCUUUCAGUAAACAACGAUAUUUCUGGCAUUUCUGGAGGACAAUAUUUGAAGUCAACAAAUGCGUCUUCAAAAAUUCAUUCAUUUGAUAUGCACCCGAACAAAUCAUUAGCUGCCUCACAUUCUAAUACUGGGAAAGAUGAUAACAUGCAUGCAGACAUUGAAGAUUUUCUUUUUCAAAUGCUAGGAGAUGGGUUUCAACUUGACAUGAAAAUGAUACAUGAAGUUCUUGGCCUCUGUGGAUAUGAUCUGGAGAAGAGUAUGGAGACACUUGUUGACCUGUCAGCUUCAAACCUUGAGAAGAGUGAUGAUGUUGUAAGCAAAUCUGCUGAAAAAGAGAUGUAUCUGAAGAUUGGCUCAUUUUCUGAGAAGUCACAGUCAGGUUCUUCACUAAGUAAUAAUAGAUUGGCGAAGCAAAAGGGAAAAGAAUCACGCAAGAAAAACAAUGGUAAAUAUGAUCUGCAGCAGGAAAUUCUGGGAGCACUAUUUGCUGCUCCUGAAAGAGUGGAGGAGUUACCUAAAAAAAUCAGUGCCAGACCCAGGGGGCCAAGAACGUAUGGGAGAACUGCUGUUGAAGUUUCAAAAGAGACUGAGAUUGAGCAAUCAUUUGUCGCUGUGAAACCAUUAGCAGGUCGAAGUGAAGUUGAAGACAAAGAAGAUGAGAAUAGCUUCCCAGUACUCCGCCAAGCUGUAAAGGAGCAUUGGUCAACUAUGAAAGAGUACUACAAAGCUGCUACUGAUGCAUUUAAUGAGGGAGAUCAAGUCCGAGCUUAUAAGCUUAUGGAAAAGGGUCAAUUCUUUAACAGGAAAGCACGAGAAGCUGAUGAAAAGUCUGGACAGAAGCUUUUGGAAAGAAGAGACGAGGAAAUGUUGCUUGAUAUUAGUACUCUUGAACCAAGAGAAGCCAUUAAACUUCUGAAGCUUCAUCUCUCUAAUCUUGCAGGCAUCUCAACUAUUCGCUAUCUUAAGAUCACUGUUGGGGAUGAUAGUGGAGAGAACAAGAAAGUUUGUCUUAAACGAUUGGUUUUGAAACUUCUAGAAAGGGAAUCUAUUGGGUGGACUGAAGCGGAGAAUGGAAAGACAAUAGUGAUGCAACUCGAUGAAAUCAAUCCUAAGAGCUUGAGCUUCACCAAGGAGUAGGGAUUUUAGCUCUCAUGUGUUUUGCUUUAUUUAAACUCUAAAACUUACAGUUUAAUGAUCUUAAGCUCUUUCUUUAUUGGGAGUAUGUAAUGUUGAUGACUAUGUUGGAAUGGCUUUAUAUACGGGCACCUGCAGACCAGAUGCAUUGCAAAUC